CAUCUGCUCACCAGGCCCUGUGAGAAGAAUGAGAAGCCAUGCAUGGUGUCAGAGUACAUGGAACGAUACCCACUUUAUCCCAACACUCUUCCCAGAGGCUCAUUUAAUCCAAAGGAAGCAUACAAGAUGGCACAGAUACCCAUGGAAGGCACCUCGACCACAAAGAGGGAUUACACAGCUCAUGAAGUGUUGCCACAGAAACUUAAACCACCUGAGAAGCAUGUCAAGAGUGAUCAGAGUAUGGAUUUGACCUCCACUUAUAAACAGGAUUAUAACUCCUACCCUAUCUCUCGAGGACCUCCAUGUAUCCCUUGUGUGAUGAGACAUAUCCCCAGCACCAAAAUGGAUACAAGAACCACUUAUGAAGAUGACUAUCUGCUAUGGAAUGAACCAAAGACAGAGCUGAUCAGACCAAACGACAAGUUUCGCCCAUCAGAAGAAAAAUUUGACCACAGAACCAUUGUCCAGGGUGACUAUCUUUACAGGGGGCCAGUUGCGACUCAAAGCUACAAACCUCUGAAUCUGGUCCAGAAAAGCAAGGCUCCCUUCGAGAAUAUAACCAAUUAUAGAGCGAAUUAUGUGCCACAUCAUCUGGAAAAAUGUUACUUCCAUAAAUAUGAGAAAUACAAAGUCAAUGAAAUCCCAUUCGAUGGCCUCACUAUCCACAGGGAUUCUUACAAGGGGCUGGCUGGUCAGCCAGCCAAGCUGGCAAAACCAUACCAGCCAAAGCUUCUCCAUGAUCUACCAUUUUCCUCUACAACUGAGUUUCAGGAAAAAUACCAAGCUUGGCCAUGGUCUCCUGCAUUCACUAAAAAACCUGAUGUAUAUCUUCCUCCUCUGGAGAAGAUGGACCUUCACACCACUACUCAGAUACAUUACAAGCACUCAAAUGGCAAGCCGGCCAAGAUGUGUCGAUCUCCCGCCCAGCUUAAAAAAAGUACUGAGCCAUUCAAUAGCUCUUCUGUAAUGAAGGAAGACUAUAAGCCUUGGCUGUGCAAGAGACUAAAACCUCUUACUCAUGCUCCGGAGCUGACUUUCCCAGCAAAACCAAUGGAUUGCUUGACUACCUUUCAGAGCCAUUAUGUGCCUCAUCCACUCACAGUUACGAAGAGCUAUAAACCUGACUGGUCAGGCCCAAAGCAUCACACUCUGCUAGAUGCUAAAACCAUUUAUGCCACCAGCUACACACCAAAAGGCAUUGUUAGAUGCUUGGCCUCUUACAAAGACCCACCAGGUUACAUCUUUAAGGGAACUGAUACUGAUGGUCACAAUCUCUAUCUCGCUGCUUCCAAGAGUGAGUGCCUGCAAGGUGGACACUGA